GCUCAACAAGGCCUUCAGGAGGACAUCAUCGCCAACGUGACCCUGGGCUGUGAGCUGGAGAACCUGCUCAAGAGUCUUUGUAAACCCAAUGAGUAUGACAAGUUCCGCUCGUUUAUUGGAGACCUGGACAAGGUGGUCAACUUGCUGCUGUCCCUCUCUGGGCGCCUCACCAGGGUGGAGAGUGCACUAAAUUGUGGUGACCCGGGGCCCUCCAUGGAAGAGAAGCUGAACCUACUGGAGAAGAAGAAGCAACUGACUGACCAACUGGAGGAUGCUCAGGAACUGAAGGCCCACGUCACACGGCGGGAACAGGUGGUCCUCGAAGCCGUGUCCAAGUACCUAAACGAGGAUCAGCUCCAGGAUUACCAACACUACGUAAAGAUGACCUCCGCUCUCAUUGUGGAACAAAGAGAGCUGGAGGACAAAAUCAGACUGGGAGAAGAACAAUUAAGAUGUCUCCGGGAAAGUCUCUAA